ACUCUGCGGCGGGAAGAACCACCUGGAGGUGGCGGGGGGGUUUGAUUUCUAUCACCCCUAGGGAGAGAGGAUCGGGGACCCGCUGAUCUUCCAGCUCCCCUCACCCAACGUCGUGCAUGCUGCAGAGAGACCUUUUUGUCCUUCAUGAACACACUUGUGGUAGACAGAUGACUGUUCUCUACCGCAUGCUGCUGUAGGGGCUCCAGACUUGGAGCUGGCCUGUAGGGAAAAGAUGGAUUCCAAAGAUGAAAGCUCACACGUGUGGCCGACGUCUGCAGAGCAUGAGCAGAAUACAGCACAGGGUUUUGAUUCUUUGUGUGUAAUGAAGUACAAGGUGCACUUUGUUCCCGAUGCCGGAACUGUGGCUCAGAUCGUCUACACCGAUGACCAGGUUCGCCCACCCCAGCAGGUGGUGUACACGGCAGAUGGUGCCUCCUACACUUCAGUGGAUGGUCCGGAGCACACACUGGUGUACAUCCAUCCUGUGGAAGCUGCGCAGACUCUGUUUACAGACCCAGGCCAGGUAGCUUACGUCCAACAGGAUGCUACAGCUCAGCAGGCCUCAUUACCGGUGCACAACCAGGUGCUACCUUCCAUCGAGAGUGUGGAUGGUUCUGACCCUUUGGCAACGCUGCAGACCCCUAUAGGAAGACUGGAGGCAAAAGAAGAAGAGGAUGAGGAUGAGGAUGAGGAUACUGAGGAAGAUGAGGAAGAAGAUGGUGAAGACACAGAUCUGGAUGACUGGGAGCCAGACCCGCCCCGGCCCUUUGACCCGCAUGACCUAUGGUGUGAGGAGUGUAAUAACGCACAUUCUUCAGUGUGCCCAAAGCAUGGCCCCUUGCAUCCGAUCCCCAACCGGCCUGUGCUCACUCGAGCGAGAGCAAGUCUCCCUCUGGUGCUCUACAUAGACAGGUUCCUUGGAGGAGUGUUCUCCAAGAGGCGCAUUCCCAAGCGCACCCAGUUCGGCCCUGUGGAGGGACCCCUCGUCAGGGGGUCCGAGCUGAAAGACUGUUAUAUUCAUCUAAAGGUUUCUCUUGAUAAAGGGGACAGAAAAGACAGGGAUUUGCAUGAAGACCUAUGGUUUGAGUUGUCUGAUGAGACCCUUUGUAACUGGAUGAUGUUUGUACGUCCAGCCCAGAAUCACCUGGAGCAGAACCUGGUGGCUUACCAGUAUGGCCACCAUGUGUAUUAUACAACGAUAAAGAAUGUGGAGCCCAAGCAGGAACUGAAGGUGUGGUAUGCUGCAUCCUAUGCUGAGUUCGUGAACCAGAAAAUUCAUGACAUUUCUGAGGAAGAAAGGAAAGUUCUUCGAGAGCAAGAGAAGAAUUGGCCCUGCUAUGAAUGUAACCGCCGAUUUAUAAGCUCGGAGCAGUUGCAACAGCAUCUUAAUUCUCAUGAUGAAAAACUGGAUGUGUUUAGCAGAACGAGAGGCAGAGGACGAGGACGUGGCAAGAGGCGCUUCGGCCCAGGUCGCCGGCCAGGGCGGCCUCCGAAAUUUAUCCGCCUGGAAAUAACCAGUGAAAAUGGGGAAAAGAGCGACGAUGGGACACAGGACUUACUACAUUUUCCCACAAAGGAACAGUUUGAUGAGGCUGAACCAGCUACUCUGAACGGGUUGGAUCAACCGGAACAGACCACUAUCCCAAUCCCUCCGCUGCCACAGGAAACCCAGUCUUCCCUGGAGCAUGAACCAGAAACUCACACCCUGCACCUGCAGCCCCAGCACGAAGAGAGCGUGGGGCCCGCCCCGAGCACGCUGACGGCGGACGACAUGCGCAGAGCCAAGCGCAUCCGGAAUGCAGCUCUUCAGCAUCUGUUUAUUCGGAAGUCCUUCCGGCCUUUUAAAUGUUUGCAGUGUGGGAAGGCCUUCCGUGAAAAGGACAAACUGGACCAACACUUGCGCUUCCAUGGGCGGGAGGGGAACUGCCCAUUGACCUGUGAUCUGUGUAACAAGGGCUUCAUCAGCAGCGCGUCUUUGGAGAGCCAUAUGAAGCUCCAUUCUGACCAGAAGACUUACUCUUGCAUUUUUUGCCCAGAAUCCUUUGACCGCCUUGAUUUGUUGAAAGAUCAUGUGGCCAUUCAUAUCAAUGAUGGCUACUUCACCUGCCCAACUUGUAAGAAACGGUUCCCAGAUUUUAUCCAGGUGAAAAAACACGUGCGCAGCUUCCACUCAGAAAAGAUCUACCAGUGCACAGAGUGUGACAAGGCCUUCUGCCGCCCCGACAAACUGCGACUCCACAUGCUCCGGCAUUCGGACCGCAAAGACUUCCUGUGCUCCACCUGCGGGAAACAAUUUAAGCGCAAAGACAAACUACGGGAACACAUGCAAAGAAUGCACAAUCCCGAGAGGGAGGCCAAGAAAGCCGACCGCAUCAGCCGCUCUAAGACGUUCAAGCCUCGCAUCACGUCCACAGACUACGACAGCUUCACGUUCAAGUGCCGCCUGUGCAUGAUGGGCUUCCGGCGACGCGGCAUGCUGGUAAAUCACUUAUCAAAGAGGCAUCCGGACAUGAAGAUAGAAGAGGUGCCAGAGUUAACUCUACCCAUCAUAAAACCCAACCGUGAUUACUUUUGUCAGUAUUGUGACAAGGUUUAUAAAAGUGCCAGCAAGCGUAAAGCCCAUAUUCUGAAGAACCAUCCGGGAGCUGAGCUUCCACCAAGCAUUCGGAAACUCCGUCCCGCUGGUCCUGGAGAGCCAGAUCCCAUGCUGAGCACGCACACCCAGCUGACGGGCACCAUCGCCACCCCACCCGUCUGCUGCCCCCACUGCUCCAAGCAGUAUAGCAGCAAGACCAAGAUGGUCCAACACAUUCGAAAGAAGCAUCCAGAGUAUGCCCAGCUCCCAAACACCGUACAUACACCAUUGACAACAGCUGUCAUCAGUGCUGCCCCAGCAGUUUUAACCACAGACAGUGCCACUGGAGAGACUGUGGUGACGACAGACCUGCUUACCCAAGCAAUGACAGAACUGUCCCAGACCUUAACGACAGAUUACCGAACGCCGCAAGGGGACUACCAGAGAAUUCAGUAUAUCCCCGUGUCGCAGUCUGCAUCUAGUCUCCAGCAGCCUCAGCAUAUACAGCUUCAAGUGGUGCAGGUGGCCCCGGCCACUUCCCCACACCAGUCCCAGCAGUCCACUGUGGAUGUCGGCCAGCUCCACGACCCUCAGGCCUAUGCCCAGCACGCCAUCCAAGUGCAGCACAUCCAGGUCAGCGAGCCCCCUGCCUCCGCCCCGCCAUCAUCCCAGGUAUCUGGGCAGCCCUUGAGCCCCUCUGCCCAGCAGUCCCAGCAGGGCCUCAGCCCCUCCCACAUACAAGGCAGUUCUUCCACACAAGGGCAGGCUCUGCAACCGCAGCAGCAGCAGAACUCCUCCGUACAGCACACAUACCUACCUAAUGCUUGGAACUCCUUCCGUGGCUACUCAUCUGAGAUUCAAAUGAUGACCCUUCCCCCAGGUCAGUUUGUGAUUACAGAUAGUGGCGUGGCAACUCCAGUUACGACUGGCCAAGUGAAGGCGGUGACUCCGGGUCACUAUGUGUUAUCAGAAAGUCAGCCAGAAUUGGAGGAAAAGCAAACGUCUGCCCUCUCCAGUGGAGUCCAGGUUCAGCCAUCUGCACAUAGUGACUCCUUGGACUCCCAGACCACCAGCCAAGCACAGACCACACAGUACAUCAUUACCACCACCACCAACGGGAAUGGAAGCAGUGAAGUGCAUAUUACUAAACCGUAACUUUCAUCCUUGAGCUAGAAUCAAGCAGUCACAUCAUGUCUUUUCUCAUUCAUAAAUCUGAAAGCUUAUAACACUUAGAACUCUUUUUUAAGAUUUAUUAUUCACUCAAGAGUUUGGAAACCACAGUUUUGGCACUCAUACAUACAUUGGGGUUUAUUUUGCCAAGGUCAUUUUUACCAAGUUGACUCUUCAGACCCUAAAGGUUUUUGCCAUGGAAUGGAGAUCUUUCAGGGGAAAGUAGAUUUCAAGAUGGAGAAAAUUUACCUUGCUCUUGAGUUGGUUUUUUAACACAUUGAUAAGCCUUACUUUUCCUUUGUGGAAAUAUUAGGUGGCAUAUUGUAUUCAUACCAAAGGUGGAGGAAGGAUGUGCCAAGUCCAUGGUUACUGGACUUUUAAUUCCAAGCCAUGGCACCGAAAGAGAAGGGACAUUUUAUGGGUGUGUAUUAGGUCAGAACUGCUUUAUCUUGUGAGUUUGAGUUUUUAAUAAUUUAACAAAGGGAUCCUAUUGAAUAAGAAAAUAAAAAUGAUGAAACAAAAAUUUGACAGUGUUGUUCUGAAGGAAAAACUGUCAUCUAAAUUUUUCUUAUUGCUGAUUUUUUUUUUUUAAACUUUCCUAUUUUGGAAAGCUAUUGUUGGGCUGUUAGUAGUGCUUUCCACAGAUGCUGGUCCUCAUCAGAUUAGGUCAGAACUUCACGUUCUGAUAGUUCUUACUUUAUUACUCCAUAAAGCUGAACUCCCUGAAAGAGAAGAGAUUACUUGAUGUCAGUAGAAUUUAAAUCCCUACAUUAAAGCUUUGCCUCCUAAUCUCUGGUUGUGGUUGUAUUAAGAAAGAGAUACAAGUACUAAGAAAAAUUUAUUAACCCUCCCCCCCCAACACACACACAAAUAGAGACAGAGAGAGAGAGAGAUGGAAAAUACUGAAAUCUUGUUCUGUCCUGCAGCAUCCACUUACCCAUUCAUUGAUAAAGGAUGAAUUCCUUGCUCUUACCAUGUAUACAUUUAACUCUUGCUCACAGUGUUCAGUGUAUUUUAAUAUUUUUGAUACUGUCUUAAAAUGAACAUUCUUUAAAGUUGGAUGGAAAGGUGGCCUUUCUUAUUUCUUAACAUUUUUAAUUUUGAAUAUAUUGUAACCUAUGUGGAUCUUUUUAUAAGAUAAGCAACUUCACACUUAGGGGAAAAAUUAAAAUGUGGGGACCAUUUAUAAUAUUUAAAGGUAAUUGGAAGGAAUCUGGAAGAAAUCUAAUCUUUAUGAAUAUUAUGCUGUUGGGAGAGGAAGAAAAAUUUGCCUUGAUGAUAGUUUUUCUUAUAUGUGUUCCUGUUUGGGAGUCUUAUUUGCUAUGAAUUCAAUGGGGAAAAAUAUUUCCUUCUUUUUACCAUACAUUCCAAUUAUACACAUAAAACACUUAAAAAAUCAGCAUGUAUUUUAACAACUUUUUGUGACAUGCUAACACAUUUUUAGAAUAAUUACUGCAUAGUAGAAUUUAUCACUCCAGAACAGAAAGGCCUAACUUCUUUUCAAAUGAAAUUAACUAAUUUAUUUUAUUUCUAUUUCUUGGUAAAAACAGGUUUUAUAAAUUAAGAAGUAAAGUAGCUUCUUUAUGUUAAAGAUAACUAUCUGAAAAGUAAACAAUUCUGUUGCAAUAACUUUACUAAUAUGUAUAUUUUGCACUUUGAGACCUCAUUGAUAUAGUUAUCUUAGAACUUUUAGGUGCUAAAAGAACUUCAGAAAGUUACUCCAUAAAUGUGUGCAAACUGAAAACAGACUCUGUAUCUUUGGUGACAAAGAGGUAAUGUCAAUGUUUUCAACAGAAAAUAUUGACCUUGAGUCAAAAUACAGUCUUGGCUUCCCACAGUGCCAUGAUGCGAUCAUUGUAAACAUCCUGCCAUCCAUUCUGGAGAGACUUGCUGGGUGAAGAAUAUUAGAGUUUACCACAGGUCCUGUUUUAGUUUUUAGAACUUAAAUUUGGCCCUGUUGGGUUCCUUUAAUUUGAAGCGGUAAGGUAUCUCCCCUCCUCUCAGGAAUAAACGUAUUGAAAAGUUGAAAACUAUCACUGAAUGGAAUGUUCAUUUUAUGCCAGUUAUUUCAAGUUUUAAAAUACACAGAGGAAAAUAUUGUGGAAGGACCUCUUUCUCUUCCCCUUCAAAGUGUUUUCUUUUUCUCCUUUUUUGGUCCGUAUAUGAAAUAGAGAUGCUAAAACUAAUUUGUAUAUUAUCAACCAGAGAUGCGAGUGGCAGGUAAGCCAAGUGACAUGGCUUUAAGGUCAGGUGUUCUGCACAUUCAUUCCAAGGUUAUAGAUUUUCAAAAGUGGUUGGGUUUGAGCAAAUGGCAGAUUAGAAGCCAUCCGAAGACCCAGUUUGGAAAACCUGUGUGUAGCCAACGUUUAUAUUGUGUCCUUUCUCAAGACACACUGACACUGCGGACUUCAUUCAGUGCGGUGUGGGUAUUUGGAGUAGGUUGGACAUAGAUUUUAUGUUUUUAUUGUUUGAUUUGUACCCUCAGAAAUAGAUAUUUCAUCAUGUAAAAUUCCUGUUUUCUGGAAAAACCUAUUGUUUUGAUCUUCUUGAAUUGUUUUCUGACUUGGAAUUAUCCUUUCAAAAAAGAGUUUUUAAGAGUUAAGAUAUUUAGGUCUAAAAGGCACUUCAUGAGAUGCUAAAGCUGACCCACUGGUUGAACAUGUCAACCCCAUCCUAUUAUUUAAAUGUGAACAUUUAUUGUACAUUCAGUGAGUUAUAGUGUUAAUAGUCUUGUGCUACCCAGCAGGUGUAAAAAUUAAUAAAUAUUUUUUUUUAAUAAAC